AUGUACUCAUUCGAAGGAGAUUUUAGACGUAAACCACAACAAAAUUUAGCAGGUGCUAGUGCUCAACAUAAAACAGACAGAGAUGCAUUGAUACUUCAAUUGCAACAGCAAAGACAGAAACGAGAGGAACACAGAAAACGAUUACAUAGUACAAUAAAAAUACAAGCCUACGUACGCAGUUACCUUAUAAGAAAACAGUGUAAACAAAGUGAAAGAGAAGAAUUUGACAGUAUCUUUGCUAAAGUUAAAAACAAUGAUCAAACAUUGAUUACAUUACUUCUGUCUAAAAUACUGUUCUUCUUUGAUGAUAAAAAGGAUUGCACAAGAUUAGUGUCAGUCUCUCAACUGCUGUUAAAGCAAUGGAAAAGAGUAUUACAAAGAUGUGGUUCUUCAAUACAAAUUAGACGUUUAUUGGCCCUGCAUCUUCGAUUGUUGAGAAAUGAUAAUGAGAUACCUUUAGCUGUUCCAUUGAGGAUGUUUGAAGUUUUCACUUCUGUAAGCUCAGCGGAAGACUCAAUGAAUUGCGAUGAAGCUGUUAAUAAAAUAGGAGCAACAUUUUUGUAUUUAAUUAAAAGAGGCUAUUUUCAAGACUUACGACAGUUGUUAUGUAAGAAGACACCACCCCUGUAUGGCCCUUCACCAAACCCACCUACACCAUUAUGUGGGGCCUUAUUAGACCUUUUAGAAAGACCUCUGCAACUUACUACACAUGUUAAUGUGCCUGAGUAUGAUGAUACAGUAAUGACAGAAUUUACUUCGUCGUUUCUCUGCAAUCCAUACCCUGAGCCAGUGGAAAUGUACAUAAUACCUGCAAUGACACAUAAUUCUCAUAGAAGUUUUCCAUUUUUACCACUCUUGCAGUGUUUGACUGAACAUAAGUUUAGUUCAGGAAAGAUCUCCAAUGAUUCAUGGCUUUUGCAUACCAUACUUACAUUGGAACCUCCAGGAUUUGCCACUGAGAUACAAAAAUUGGACAACACAAGGCUGCCACACAACAGAAUCGUUCUAGAAUAUUUAAAAAUAAUUGCCAAUUUGACAGUUAAUGUAUGUAAUAAGCAAAUAACAUACGACUAUGAGGAUUCGUUAUACAGUAAAGAAACAGCGGCAGAUAAUGACGAUGAUAGUGACAGUGAAAAUGAACCAAAUCCAACAUCAGUACGGGAACAAAUGUUGUUAACAAAAUGUAUAGAAAUAUUAAACGAGCCAGACCGCUGUAUCAUGGUGACAUGUUCUCAGAUCACAGAAAGUGACUUGAGCGAUGAGUUCCUAGAUAGUAUGUCAAAGAUAUGUCACAAUCUGUUACUAAGUCAUAGGAUGGCCUUACACAAGUACAGAUUACUAUACACAUUGGCGUUCAAACCGAUAUUCCUGCGCGGUCUGUGGCAUUGGCUGAGCGGCAUGAGCCACCAGUCCUCGUUCGGGGGCUCGGCCACGCCGCUGCUGGCGGCGCUGUCCAAGGGCAUGGGCGCGGACGGCUCGGCCAUAGGCGUGCAGCGGCUGCUGGCGCCGCUCGCCGUGUUCUGUGCGCUGUUCUCUUUGUUGAUCGGCACGUUGCAUGAUACUGAGUUUUUCAGGGAUAUUGAUGGUGAUGAGAAAAUGAGUGUUGCAAGCACUUCAGCUCCCACUCCAAGUGCAGGACGUAUCCAUGCAUUUGACUUCUCAGAGCUUGGAGGUCUCUGUCGUACUCUGAAGCAAGUGUGCUUGGGUUUGGUGGAACUGGCCUAUCCUGAAUCACGGCCAUUCUUCACUGGACAAUAUAAAGACGCGGUUGGUGGUAAUCAGAUGGAUAUAUCUGAGAGAAAUCAGACACCCGCAUGGGCCCAUUUGUUUAAAGUGUGCACGCAGCUGCUGCGGUCGCUGUACGCGCGCGACGCGCGGCUGCAGUUCUGCGGCGGCGCGGGCGCGUGGACGGCGGCGGGCGCGGGCGUGGGCGGCGCGGGCGCGGAGGCGGCGCUGGCGGCGCGCGGCCCGCGCCCCGCGCGCCCCUACCGCGCCGUGCCCAGGGUGGCGCACACUGAUCAGGAUGAAGGACCACCAUUAAUAAUUAAAGAACUACGGACGGUUACAAUAUUAAGAGAAAUCCCAUUUGUCGUUCCGUUUUCAACGAGAGUUUUAAUAUUUCAAGGACUUUUAAUGAGGGAAAAACAUGCUCAUUGGUAUGAAAUGAGUAACUUCAACGAAGGUCCAUCUAUAAUUAUAAGUGUGCGGCGGACGCAUCUAUAUGAGGAUGCUUUUGAUAAAUUAAGUCCUGAUAAUGAGCCGGAUCUCAAACUAAAGCUGCGGGUACAAUUAAUUAACCAAGCGGGCGCGGAAGAGCCCGGCGUUGAUGGAGGUGGUCUUUUUAGAGAAUUUCUUUCAGAAUUACUAAAAUCUGCUUUUGAUCCUAACCGGGGUUUAUUUAGAUUAACGAAGGAUAACAUGUUAUACCCUAACCCUGGUGUACAUUUACUGUAUGACGAUUUCCCCAUGCAUUACUAUUUUGUUGGCAGAAUGCUAGGAAAGGCGCUUUACGAAAACCUGCUAGUAGAGCUACCGCUAGCGGAGUUCUUCCUUGCCAAGCUGUGCUCGACGCGCGAGCCGGACGUGCACGCGCUGGCAUCGCUGGACCCCGGCCUGUACCGCGGCCUGCUGCUGCUGAAAGCGCACCGCCGCGAGGACGUGCCCGACCUCGGCCUGGACUUCACCAUCGUCAGCGACGAGCUCGGCGAACAGCGGAUAGAAGAGUUAAAACCGGGAGGUGCCAAUAUUCCUGUUACGGCUGAAAAUAGAAUAGAGUAUAUCCAUUUAGUAGCUGAUUAUAAACUUAAUAGACAAAUAAGAUCCCAAUGCAUAGCGUUCAAGCGUGGGCUGACGUCGGUGGUGAGCGCGGAGUGGCUGCGCAUGUUCUCGUGCCGCGAGCUGCAGCUGCUGGUGUCGGGCGCGGAGGUGCCCGUCGACCUCGACGACCUGCGGCGGCACACGCAGUAUGGCGGAGGUUUCUCGGACACCCACCCUGUGGUGCAGAGUUUCUGGAAGGUGGUAGAAAACUUCUCAGACGCGCAACGUCGACAGCUGCUCAAGUUCGUCACUAGUUGUUCCAGACCACCCUUACUGGGCUUUAAGGACCUGCAGCCGCCAUUCUGCAUCCAGUCGGUGGGCCCGUCGGAGCGGCUGCCGUCCGCCUCCACCUGCAUGAACCUGCUGAAGCUGCCGGAGUACCCGCACGAGCGCGUGCUCGUCGAGAAGCUGCUGUACGCGAUACAGGCCGGCGCGGGCUUCGAGCUUAGC